AUGUCCUUUCUCAAAGCAAACUCCGCCACUGGCAUGAACGCACCCUCGCCGACGCCUUCGACUUCUUCAGCCAGCGGUGCAAAGCGCAAGCGUCCAGCAGAUGGAGUCCCUGUUGUCUACUCGCAGCCGCAAGACACAGGCACGGGUGAGCACGUCUUCACCCGUCUCACCUAUGUCAACGACUUCCUGCGCGAGCGCAAGGAGAAAUGGCACACAUUCGACGACAUAAUGGAGUACCUCAACAUCCCACCUGGCCACAUCCAGCGCGAGCAGCUGCGCGCCCUCAUGCGCGCCGACAACCAAGGCAACCGCAUCUCAUGGGACUCGCACAACGAAAAGUACCGCUACAAGCCCAAGCUCGACAUCCGCAACCCCGCACAGCUCAAGGGCCAUCUCCAGACGCAAAAGUCGGCCAUGGGCCUGCAGAUCAAGGACCUCAAGGACGGCUGGUCCACCGUGGCCGACGACAUCACAAAGAUGGAGGAGAAGAACGAGGUGCUGGUGCGACGCGCCAAGGAUGGUGUGCCAAAGACUGUCUGGGGCAAUGACCCCUCGCUCAUGCUGCCCAUGGACCCGGCUUUUGCAAAGACGUGGCAUUCGGUCCAUGUGCCUGAAGACUCGGAGGAACUGCGCAAGAUGCUGCUAGCCAACAAGUUGACGGCUGCUACCCAGGCAAAGGUCAUUGUUGCUGCUCCCUCGGGCAAGAAGAAGAAGGGCCCUCGUCGUGGUGGCAAGCAGACAAACACGCAUAUGAUUGGUAUCUUGAAGGAUUUCUCGGGUAUGAGGAAGUGAAGUUUGGUCUUUUUUGUUUGCAUAGCGUCGGUGUUAUGGGAUUUCUGCUCUUUUAUAACAGACUGGGAGAAUUAUGCAUGGUGAAUGGGCUCGGUCAGAAUGCUACAAAAUUUGUACAACAGUAUGGAAGAAGAAGUGUUUUCAAACAUGAUUAAUAGAGCAAUGAGCAAAUAGCCCUUUUUAAACUCGGAAUUUGGCUAUAUCUUACUACAA